CACAAACCUCCCCCUCUUCCCUUCCUUCACCCUCCCCUCCAAUGGCGCUUCCAACCUCACUCUCACACUCCACAAUCAAACCCACGCCGCCCUAUCUCUCCACCUUCCACAAACCCCUAACUCUCCCACCCACUCUCCUAACAACCAACCGCCAUCGCUUCCCAAAACAAACCACCUUCCGCUGCUCAUCCUCCUCCUCCUCCUCAAAGCACCACAACAACAUCAACCCCUCCAAACCCGACGACCUAAUCGAGCUCCCUCUCUUCCCCCUCCCCCUCGUCCUCUUCCCCGGCGCCACCAUCCCCCUCCAGAUCUUCGAGUACCGCUACCGCGUCAUGAUGCAGACGCUCCUCCAAUCCGACCUCCGCUUCGGCGUCGUCUACUCCGACGCCGUCUCCGGCUCCGCCGCGGGCGUCGGAUGCGUCGGGGAGAUCGUCAAGCACGAGCGCCUCGUCGACGACCGGUUCUUCCUCAUCUGCAAAGGUCAGGAGCGGUUUCGCGUGACGGAUCUCGUGCGGACGAAGCCGUAUCUGGUGGCGAAGGUGACGUGGCUGGAGGAUAGGCCUGGGUCGGGGGAGGAGAAUGUUGAUGAGCUGGCGAGCGAGGUGGAGGUUGUUAUGAAGGAGGUGAUUCGGUUGUCGAAUAGGUUGAAUGGGAAGGAGGAGAAGGAGUCACGAGAUUUGAGGAAGAAUCAGUUUCCGACUCCGUUCUCGUUUUUCGUUGGGAGUACUUUUGAAGGUGCGCCGAUGGAGCAGCAGGCGUUGUUGGAGUUGGAGGAUACGGCGGCGAGGUUGAAGAGGGAGAGGGAGACGUUGAGGAAUACGCUUAAUUAUUUGACUGCUGCUUCUGCUGUUAAAGAUGUCUUUCCUUCGACUUAG